UUAAAAGAAGUAUACAUGAUAAGCAUUGAUUUUGCUUCACACCUUCUCUUUGGUUAUCCAGGUUCCCCCCUUCUAAAAAAUGUAACCAUAGCCAUCCUCCAGCUUAGUGAGGUCGGUGAGCUGACACACCUGAAGGACAAGUGGUGGGCGAGCAGCUGUGUGGGAGCCAAUGGGGCCCACACCUCAGAUGUUCUUCAGCCCAAUGACCUGCGGGAUCUUUUCCUCCUCCUUGGUUUGGGUCUGGGCCUUGGCCUCCUGAUGGCCUUGUUGGAGCUCUUAUCCAAAGCCCGCAACCAAGCAAAGGAUGGAAAGAAAUCAUGCUGCUCAGUUCUGACAAUGGAGCUGAACCAGCGGUUUGGCAGUGGAGGGGAGUCGACAGACCUGGAGAGCUCAGACAAAAACAGAGCCUAAAGAAAAAUUAACAUGGUUUUGAGAAAUAGUGUCUGAGAAUCAAACGUGUUUUGCUCAAUCACAGUAGAACUCUGCGUCCAAAA